UAUAAGGAGGAAACAAAGAUGGCGGAUAAUGAACUUAGACUGAGCACUUUUGGACUUUUAGAACAGAUUGCAAUUCUUGGGUUUAUAAAUGGCGGAGAAACAGGCAAAAAUCUCUACAAGGCAUUUGUGACUGGUCGUAUUGGAUAUGAAGUAUACAAAAGAGUCUCGGUAACUAAAGCAGACCUUCUUAGGUACCAAACCAUUUUAAAAGUCAGUGAAUACUGCCAAAAAAAUCCCAAGGCAAGUGAAGCCCAGAAGAAGGCCAUGCUAGAGAAAGAAAUCAAAGCAUUUGCAGAACAAGUGGCACAGUUGUAAUUCAUAAAAAAUCAAUACAAUAAAAUUGUAAAUACUGAAAAUUAUUACCAUCACAAGCAGAAAAACAGCAAAGAGUAAGAACAAUUGUUAGAUAAGUGUUUGAUCAAAAAAAAUUUGAAUCUUAUGAGUUCUUGAAUUUCAAGUUACUAAUUAUAACAUGGCACUUGUAACAUAACUCACACCAGACUUACAUAGCUUUUUAGGUUAAACUUUAGAAUACCCCAUCACUUAAUGAAUAUCAUUAAAAUCCAUUGAAAUCUGUGUUGUUCUUGAAAGAGCCAGUAUGCAAAUUUCUAUUGAGCCAGAAAGUGACAGGGUAUUCUAAAGUCACUGCAUUUUUAAGAUAAAUUGUUCAAUAUUUAUUUACAAUUUGUGUAAUCCUAGUUGGUAAAUAAACUACACAUUAUAUUGUAAUGAUUACUAAGAGUUUAUGAAUUCCACCUUCUUGAGUCUGCCUGCUUGUCUACUGCAGUGUACCACUCUGGUAAUUUACUCUUAGGAUUCAGUCUGUAACUUUAAAAAAGUUCAUUAUCUAGACAUUAGUAAGUUGAGGAUAUAUUGGAGUGCUAAUCUACUGUAUCAAUGUAGUUUUCAGAUGAAACUAUGAUGAGGAAGGCACUAUUAAAGUAAAGAUUUGAGGAGUAA